GAUGUGGUGCGUUCACUGUCUCCGGAGCUCAUUCCUGGAGUAUCAGCUACAGCUGACGGACGCUCAGCCUCUCCUCAGAGGGACUGAAGGAGCUACAGUGGAGAGCAAAGAGAAGGAAGAAGAUGUCAGUGGCACUGAAGAGAGGAAUAAGCGCCAAAGCUGAGUCUAGGAAAUGCGCAGCGCGUUUCUGGAGGAUUUUCCCUCACCUGGUCCUGAGUCUGUCUCUGGUCGGGUACGCAGCGCUCGGUGCGCUCAUGUUCAUGCACAUCGAAGGAAGGGUUCCGUCCACCACCAAGCAUGAGUACCACGAGUUCCUGGAAGAGAUCGUCAAGCAGGUCCAGAACCGCAGCGAAAAUGCCUCCUACACAAACCAAGACAUAGUAACUGAAGUGGAGACUAAAAUGCAAAAGGAUUUUAAGUCCAUUUGGCUCCAGAGACCAGAGAGAUGGCACUUUUUUGGCUCCAUGUUCUUCUGCUGCACAGUCUUCACUACAGUGGGUUAUGGGGAGAUCUAUCCAGUUACCCUCCUUGGUAAGGUGGUGUGUGUCUUGUAUGCCACGGUUGGCAUUCCUCUCAUGCUCCUGGUCAUCCUCGAUGUGGGUGACUUCCUGGCCAUGCUGAUGACUAGAGCCUACAUCCACAUUCACUCCUUCUUCAAAAACCUCCGCACCCGUACAUGGUCACCAUGGAAAGCUCAAAGGAAGGCGAGGGAUUCGAGCUGCCGGACCCUGGAAGACGGUACCUUUGUUUUCAGCCAUGAUGUUGUUGUCCGGGAGCCUCUUGACAUCCGACAGGUGCUGCACAGCCAGGCGGACUUACGUCAGAAGUCCAUCCAGCUCCAGAACAACAAAGAGAUCUUUGAGAAGCUUCUGGCCAGGGAGAAUCUACUCAGAAAGGGCCCUCUGCUCAGGACCCUCUCCUGCCCUGAACUGGACCGACUCCCACCACCACGCAAAGGAUUCACCAUAUGGGACUUCACGGGGUUAGGGGACGGGAUGGAGUCGCUGGAUGUACCCUUUGUCCUGAUUCUUGUCAUCGUGUUUGCCUACAUUUUAUUUUUUGGCCUGAUUCUUCCACGGUGGGAAACUGAAUUCAAAGGCUUCGACCCCUUCUACUUCUGUUUCAUCACGCUCACGACCAUCGGUUUUGGAGACAUCAUACCAAAUCACCCAAACUACUUCAUGGUCACCUCCCUCUUCAUCAUCGUUGGCAUGGCCAUCAUGUCCAUGGCUUUCAAACUGCUGCAAACACGACUUGUAAUCUGCUACCGCCAGUGCAUCAAGUUCAUCAGCAGAGGAAAUGCUGAAACCUUCAACAAGGAAGACAACGAUUAAAGUCCCAGGAGAAUAGUGGCCUUAAGUCCAAGAGUCGUAUAAGCUUACAGUCCUGGGGUUAAAACAGGCUCCAACAGGAGAGCAGUAGAACCGGUCCAGUCUGUGGCUGUUCAAUCAUAAGCAUGUGCAAAAUAAAAACUAUGCAUGUGUUUUUGCCUUUGCCCAGUUAAUGGGAGUUAUUUAAAACGAUUCUUACGAGGAAUAACUUCUAAUGCUGCGAUGCAGCAUGUUGCAAUGGAAUGGCUACUAGCCAUACUGUAGAGUUGCAGUUUGCAAUAAGUCAAGUCUCUGUAUUUCUUACUCCCCUCUUGGAAACCUGAAUAAAAUGCUUUCUUAAGUGUUUUUCACCUGUUAACUCUUUGAGCCUCACUGGAUUAACAUUCUGCUUGAAGGCUUUAGUUGUGUGCUGCAAACCUGAUGCAGGCUCUGGUCUGUAGACCAGAAUAACUCUAAAAUAAGAAAACACCUAGACCAAUUUUGAAAGUGUGAGAGAUUUCACACACGAGGACAUAUAACCAAAGAUUAAACAGUUUUGUCCCUGAGCUUUUUUGCAGAUGAUGUCACGACACAGUGGAAAACUUUCUGAUCGUGAAAACUGUCAAUACUGCAGAAAAAAAAUCAAUAUUGAGCUAUUUUUAAGUCUCAAAAGCCGUGACACAUUGCUGCUGUUUCCAAGGCCAAUGUCCAUCCAGUCCUGCUCACUAAGAUUGUAAGUUCAUCUCUGUUUCAUCAUUUAGCUCAGCUCAGAAAUAAGAGUUGGUCCUCUGUCUUCCAAACAGCUCUUCAUUUGGUAUCAGCUUGUAUUUUUAAUUGUGUAAAACAAUUAAAACAAAAAAUGGAGGAAAGAUAAAAUGGCAUUCAGACAAGAACUACCUCAUAUUUAAGAGCUGUUUCAGUAGAAGAUACUCAUUCAUUAAUGACACAUUGUUCAUGUCUUUUACCCCACAAGGUUUAUUCAGUUGAUAGUACAUCACCGUUUCAAUAACAAGCAUUUUUGUGACAAAAUGAGGAGUUUUCUGCAUGUGAAGGGGGCUCAGCUAGCCUCUUAACUCAGUACUAAAAUACUCAGAUGUCUCCCUUCAUCAGGCUGAACAUGUCGGUCCGCAGAACUAAGUUGUUAAGUGAUAUUGAUCACCUCCACACCAGGUUAAUCAGCUAACCCAUGGUAAAAGUAGUUUGUGUAGGGCUAAUAGCCAGUGGAUGUAGAAAUUUUCUGAUGAUAACAGCAGAAUGCAGGUCCAUUAGACCAGGGGUUCUUAAC